AUGGCUUCAGACCAGCAAAGGGACAAAAUACAGGCAUGGCUUGAGGCAUUUCAUCGAGGCAGUGCCAGUCUCGAUGCAGAGUCCUGGUGUCGUGAAUUCAUGACCGAAGAUAUCGAACUCCAGUACGCCAACAAUCCGGUUUUGAAAGGGGCCGAAGUGCGAGCCAUGUUUGAACAAGUCUUUCCGCAACUGGACUUGAUGGAGCACGAGAUUUUAUACUUCGACUUCGUCGCACCGCGCAUAUACCAGGCAACGCGCAUCCGGUACCGUGUGAAAGGAGACCUCCCCUCUCAAGAUAUCAGUAUCCCGGGGUUUGGAGCAUUCUACAUGCGUGAGGGCCAUGACGGUUCUUUUAAGUGCUAUCGGGCAGAAGUGUACCUUGAUCCGAGCCCUGUGUUUGCAAGGAUGGCUGAGAAGAGUGCUGAGCAGCCUUGA